CGCAAAUAUUUUUAUAACUUUUGGAGUCUGUCAACUGUAGACACAUACAACUCUGCAGAGACAAACAGCUGAUAUUGUGAUAACAAACUUUAAAAGAUAAUUUAGGAUUUUAAUCCAAAUAUUUUGUGAUAACUUAUCAGCAUGUUCGUUAAGAGUUUAAUUCACCCUACACGCUACGCGUUUCCAAAUUUACCAAAAACCUUCCAACUUACACGCAAAAUGAGUGUACUGGUAAAGUCACUGAAAUAUUCCAAACAUGGCGAGCCGGUUGAUGUAAUGGAAAUUGUAGAGGGCCAACUACAGGACCCAAAAGAUAAUGAAGUAUUGGUAAAAGUACUGGCCGCACCUAUUAAUCCGGCUGAUAUAAAUACCAUACAAGGUAAAUAUCCAGUUAAGCCAAAGUUUCCUGCUGUUGGUGGUAAUGAGUGCGUUGCAGAAAUUAUUGCCAUUGGUAAGAAUGUGUCAAAACUAACAACUGGUCAACAUGUUAUACCUUUUGCUACUGGAUUGGGUACUUGGACCACACAUGCUAUAUUUGCCGAAGAGCAAUUGAUGCCGGUUUCAUCAAAAAUUGGACUUGCAGAAGCUGCCACCCUUACGGUUAAUCCUUGUACAGCCUAUCGUAUGUUGAAAGAUUUUGUAGCUCUACAACCAGGUGAUUGUGUUAUACAGAAUGGUGCGAAUAGUGCUGUAGGUCAAGCAGUUCAUCAAUUGUGUAGAGCAUGGAAUAUAAAAUCCGUUGGCAUUGUACGCGACCGUCCAGAUAUAGCAUCUUUAAAAGAAUAUUUAAAAUCCCAAGGUGCUACAGAAGUAUUAACAGAGGAAGAAAUACGUACAAGCACGCUCUUUAAAGAAAAUCAUUUGCCACGGCCACUUUUAGCUUUGAAUUGUGUUGGUGGUAAGAGUGCCACCGAGGUGUCACGUCAUUUGGCCGACAAGGGUGUAAUGGUUACUUACGGUGGUAUGUCACGAGAACCAGUAAUUGCGGGUACAGCUGCGCUGAUUUUCAAGGAUGUAUCAUUUCGUGGCUUCUGGAUGACUCGCUGGACUAAAGAAAACGCUGACUCUCCCGAACGUAUACAUAUGUUUACAGAAUUGUGUGAAUUGAUCGAACAAGGCAAGUUCGUGGCACCGGUUCAUGAGAUGGUGCCGUUGCAAAAAUUUAAGGAUGCCAUGGCUGCUGUUCUGGAUUUCAAAGGUUUCGCUGGAAAGAAAUUUAUAUUAGAUAUGCAAAACUAAUACAUCGUUAUAUAUUUUUUAAACACUUAUUUGUUAUGCAAAGUUCCUUAGCAAGCUUACUUUUUUU